AUGUCGUCCACCAUCAACGCCUCCAUUGAAAAGUUCAACGGAGACAAUUACGCAACGUGGAGCCGGUACAUGCGCGGUGUGUUUUUGACGAAGUCCGUCUGGCACGUCGUCAACCGUGAAGUGACUCCGACUUUCACCGACCCGCGAGCGUCCGAUGACUACGUCAAGGCAAGCAACGUCGCGUUUGGUAUGAUGCUGCUGCACAUGAACGCGGACUACCAUCAUGGGCUGGACAACUGCGAGGAAGCCUGGGUUUCGUGGACAAGUCUGAAGACGCUGUACGGUGGGUCGCAGAAGGCAGGACGCAUCUACCUCAAGCUACAACUUUUCAGUAUCAAGAUGGAUGAAGGCGCGAACGUCAUGCAUCACUGCAACGAGGUCCUCAACAUCUCCUCCAAGCUUAGCGGCAUCGGUGCGAAGAUGGAAGACGAAGACGUUGCAAUUUGUCUGCUACUCAGUCUUCCGAAGAGCUACGAAAAUGUUGUGCUCAACAUGGAAAUGAGCAGCACCGAGCUUCGCACUCAAGAUGUGGUGAGAGUCCUGACGAAUGAGCAUGCCAAGCGUCAAGGAGAAAAAGGGACAACGACAGCGACUACGGUGAAGGCUGAAGAUGCAAGCAAGGCAUUCAGCGCCGAGCGUGAGCCCUACCAAUGCACGUAUUGUGGCAAGGUGGGACACACGGUGGAUCGUUGCUGGACAAAGCAGAAGAACGAAGGCAAUGGCUACGAUCGAGUGGCGUUUGCAGUCUCGUUCGAAUGUGGAGUUUCGACGAGCAAGGACGUGUCUGGAAUGUGGGCGGUCGACAGUGGUGCAACGCACCACAUUUGCCACGACAAGACCAAGUUCGCAAGUUUGGCAGAGCGCAAUGAGGGCGAACUCUUGGUGGCUGAUGGCAACAAGGUGGCCAUCAAGGGUGUGGGAACCAUCAUGGAAAAGGUGGUUCUGCCCAACGGUGAAGAGCGUGAGAUCGAAAUCAAGAACGCGCUAUAUGUUCCAAGUAUGAGCAAGAACCUGCUCUCGGUGCCACAGAUUAACAGCCAUGGCAAGUUUCAAGUCGUGUUUGACGGGUCCAAGAUGUAUGUGACUCUCAAGAACUCACAGCAAGUGGUGGCGACAGCGGAUCUCGUGGAUGGACUCUACUGGCUUCGGACGACUCAACGAUCAGCUAAUGUGACAACAAGUGGAACCAGUUGUGCCGAUCUACAUGCGAGAAUGGGUCAUGCUCCAGUCGACGUGCUUUGCAAGAUGGUCUCCAACAACAUGAUCAAAGAUGUGGGAGUACCUCUCGAGUCAAGUGGAUCAGGUACAUAUCGAGGAUGUCAGCAAGGGGAAAUGGUCCAAAAACCAUACCCAAGCAAUCGUGACAAGCGCAGCUACGAUACGUUUGAGCUACUUCAUCUGGACAUCUGCGGACCCAUGGAAAAGGAUUCGCUCGGUGGCAGCAAAUAUUUGCUGCUGAUCAUCGACGAAGCCAGUGGAUGCAUGAAGGGCUUUUGUCUACGAGUGAAGUCCGAGAGUGAAGACUACAUCCGGAAAUAUAUCACCAUGGUACAGACGCAAUUCUGUAAGAAGGUCAAGUUCGUGCGACACGACGGAGCUCGCGAGUUUGCAACCAACUCGCUUCAACUGUUCUACGAAGACGAAGGCAUUGAACAGCAGACAACGGUGCCGUAUGCACAUCAAACAAACGGAACAGCAGAGCGUGCCAUUAGGACUAUUGUCACGAUCGGCCGCAGCAUGCUUCAUCAUGCCAAACUGGACAAGUGUUUCUGGGCCGAAGCAGCGAUGACGGCCAUCUACGUCAAGAAUCGACUGCCGUCACCUAAAGUCGUGCACAAGACCCCGUUUGAGAUCGUCUACAACUUGAAACCAAGCGUCAAGCACAUGCGAACAUUCGGGUGUCAGACAUACAUACUGACGCCUAAAGAGAAUCGACUCAAGUGGGAUCCAAAGGCUCGCGCUGGCAUAUUCGUGGGCUACGAAGAAGUUUCGAAGGCAUAUCGUGUUUAUGACAUCGAGGCGGGGCAGGUGGUUAUCAGCCGCGAUGUCAACUUCGACGAGUCCACCUAUGGACUUCAACUGCCGAUCACUGAUGAAGAUGUCGAUGACCUGGACUUCGAAUUGCUGGAUCUUGAUGACGAAGAGCUGCGUCAAAUGGAGUACAAGCAAACAGGCAAGCGCAAGAACCGACUCAAUGAUGAAGAUACAGCAGCUCCACGACCGCGUGCAGUGCGUCAACGACCAGGACUAGAAGAGUCAAGCGCGCCGGAAAACAACUCGUCACGCCAAGAAGAAGACGAAGAAACGAAGGAUUCUGGUGAUUCAACACCGCCUGUGUUUUGGCGUGCGAGUGCAAAUGCCGUUGAAGCAGCAGUGGACUUAUCAGAGCCCUCAACAUUUGAAGCAGCAGUAAGCGGCCCUGACCAAGUGCACUGGAGAAAAGCAAUUCAUGCAGAGCUCGAGUCAAUGCGACUUCGCGGUGUGUUUCGUGCAGCCAAGCUGCCCAACGGACAACGCGCCAUUGGCACAAAAUGGGUGUUCAAGAUCAAGCGCAAGGCGGAUGGGUCAAUCGAGAAGUACAAGGCACGACUUGUGGACAAGGGUUUCCGCCAAAAGUAUGGCAUCGACUACACGGAGACGUUUUCGCCCGUGGUCAAGCAUGUGACGCUGCGAAAGAUGAUCGCAAUUUCCAAGCAUUUUGGAUGGCCCAUCGACCAGCUUGAUGUGAUGACAGCUUUCCUGUAUGGCGUCAUGAAGGAACAAGUGUUCUGCGUGAUUCCUGAAGGCGUCGAACUUGACAUGCCAGGCUUCGACCCAUGUCUCUACAUCAAGACUUCGGACGGCCAUUGCGUGUUUAUACUGGUCUAUGUGGAUGACGUGUUGGUGACAGGAAGCUCACCCAAGUUGAUUGCACACACCAAGGAAGACCUGAAGACACGCUUCGAGAUGACUGAUAGCGGCAAGUGUGCAUUUGUUCUUGGAAUUGAGCUUUUGGACGGUGAAGAUGGCAGUGUGACACUAUGUCAGCGUCGGUAUGUCGAUGAUAUCCUCAAGCGCUUUGGCAUGGAUGAUUGCAAGGCAGUCGCAAGUCCAGUCGACAUGAGCUCUCGACUUGUUUCAAGUGAUGCAACUACCAAGGUCGAUGCUCCUUUUCGCGAAGCUGUUGGUGCGUUGAUGCACCUGACCACUGCAACGCGUCCGGACAUUGCGUUUGCUGUGGGCUAUGUGUCGCGGUUCAUGGAAAAUCCCCAAGAAGAACACUGGGUUGCAGUUAAGCGUAUCUUUCGCUACCUACAAGGCACCAAGACGCAUGGAAUUUGCUACAAGCCAAGUGCAAGGAUCGACUUCCGUGGAUAUUCGGAUGCGGAUUGGGCUGGUGAUCUUACCGACCGUAAGUCAACAUCGGGGUACACGUUCAUGCUACUCGGUGCGCCAGUCAGUUGGGGCAGCAAGAAGCAGCCAACUGUUUCGUUGUCCACGACUGAAGCUGAAUACAUCGCACUCAGCUUGGCGAUUCAAGAGGGCAAGUGGAUUCAUCGUCUGCUUUGUGAGAUCGUGAUGGCUGCCAAUGAAGAAGGACCGGAACUCAUGAUUCAUGAAGACAAUCAGUCAUGUAUCAAGAUGACGAAGAACCCAGUCAACCACGGCCGUGCCAAGCACAUUGAUAUCAAGUACCAUCACAUCCGUGAUGAGGUCAAGCGCGGUGAAGUGAAGCUCAAGUACUGUGAAACUGCGGUGAUGUUAGCGGACAUCAUGACGAAGGGACUUCAUGGACCACGCCACAAGGAGAUGACGACGGCUCUCGGGAUUCGUGAGCAUUCGGAUUGA